UUCAGUUGUGUGUAAGGCAACCUGCUACAAGUGGUGGUGAUCGCGGCGGGUGUGAUCGUUUCUUGAGAUUUAAAGUAUUUGGAGCUUGCGCUUUCCGAGUGAAAUAGCAGAACAACAGCAGAAUAGAAGAUGAUCUUACGACGAGCAACGACGCACGUUGUCAUGCUGCUGCUACAACUACUGAUGGCCUCUGGGGCCACCGACGCCCAGCAGUACGGCAAACAGCUGCGAUGGGUGACGCAGUGGAAGUCGUUGGAUUUUGUGUUCCCCACGCCGAAAGACCGCGAGAAUGCCAUCUCUUCCAGACGAUUUAUUCCCGAGAACUGCAUUCCCCUGGAUAUGGAUGUCGAUUACAAUAGUAAUUCACUGCGAUCCCGAGUUUUUGUCACCAUACCACGUUUCAUCGAAGGGAUUCCUGCUACCUUGGGAACGAUUUCCCCACAAAUGGGACCAUCGGGACCGCUGAUAGAACCCUACCCGAAUGCAGCAAUUCAAUCGACCCCAGAUGAUGGACGAUGCACUGGGAUCGUGUCAGUGUUCAGAACCAUGAUCGAUGAAUGCAGCCGCCUCUGGAUCGUAGACACGGGAAAAAUCGGCGAUCGAAGAAUCUGUCUACCGAAGAUCGUCGCCAUCGACCUACGGACCGAUCAGAUCAUCCAUCAGUAUCAGAUUCCCGCCAGUCAACUGGUGUGUGACGUUUCGCUACUUGUCAGUAUUCUUGUUGACGUACGCGACCCACCACCGACGGGAACUUGCUCCAAUACCAUGAUCUACGUUGCGGACGUAACCGCUUUCGGGCUAAUAGUAUACGACAUGGCUCGCGGAAAGUCCUGGCGCGUAACCAACAAGCUCAUGAAUCCCAACCCGGACCAUGGGACGUUCAGAAUAGCUGACGAUUCUUUUGAUCUAAUGGAUGGCAUGCUCACUAUGGCCCUCAGCCCGAAACCUCCAGCAGAUUUCACGUUCAACUCCGCUUACGCCACCUCGAACAAACGUCCGGUUGUGCUGAGCGAUCGUCUCAUGUUCUUCCACGCUCUGGCCUCAGUUUCCGAAAGUGCCGUUCGUACGUCCGUUCUGCACAACGAUACCCUAUGGUCGGAGGAUGUCGGUGCGAUGCCGAGCGCCUUCCGCGUGAUCGGUCGCAGAACCUCUCAGAGUGCACCGGAAGCGAUGGAUAGCAACGGGAAUCUGUACUUCGGUCUGCUGACCCAGAUGGCGAUCGCGUGUUGGGACUCGACUACCAACUACAACCCGGGCAACUUCAAAAUUGUUUCGCAAAACCAGCAGACGCUGCAGUUCCCCAGCGGUAUCAAGGUCAUUCGCAAUCGGAAGGGAAUCGAAGAGCUGUGGGUGAUGAGCUGUCGGUUCCAGAAAAUCAUGACCGGUACAUUGAACAUGAACGAAACGAACUUCCGCAUCCAGGCGAUACAGAUUCCGGAGCUGCUGGACGGAAACCGAACUUGUAGGCCUGGUAGAUAUUAGAACAUUAGAGCCGAGGAGGGUGUGAGGGCCUGCGGGUGCGAUAGUUGGUAAGAUGGAAUUAUGUGU